AUGUCUUCUCUUCGUUUCAUUGUGUUGGCGGCGUUAGUGGUUGUGGCCAUCCAGGCUCACCUUCAGCACACACCCAGCCCAGGCCCGAAGAAGCCGACCUUGUUGAACUUGUUGGCCCCUCAAGUUCAAGGUAAUAUAUGCUCGCAUUUUAGUGUUCAGUUUAUCAGUCUGUCGGGAAAAUAGUGAGCAUUCUGUCGUAUCGAAAAACGCAUCGCCGCCGCGAAAAUCAAUUGUGUCGCGCCAUAAUCAAAUGGCUUUUCACUUCAGCGACAUUGUGCUCAUUAUUUUCCCGACAGACUGAUAAAAGGAGCCACGAAGAGAAGGCCUCCAAGUGCGCCGCUUUUACAUAGAUCAUUAGAGUAAGCGCAACGCCUAGAACGGUUGAGAAAACCCUAUUUUGACCGUAAUUUUACCAGUAUUGCGUGACAUCUUUGCCGACAUUCGAUCUAAAAAUCUGGGCUGAAAGUCUUGCAUAUUUCUCGAAAAAGAUUAACCUAAAUCUGUUCCAAAUUUCAUCAAAACGCAAGCGUCGCACUUGGAGUACUUCCCUUGUUAGCCAUUCGCAAAACUAAAUAACCUUCAGGAGCUCUCCCCAAGCCUCUGGUAAACUUGUUGGAUCAGGUUCAAUUGAAGGAAGUCGAUGGAUUGAAGGAGGUCAUCCAACAGCUCCCUCAAAUCACUGACCCAAAGAAGGUUGAGGAGCUGUUGAAGGAGAAGAGCCCCAAGAUUCUCGAGAUCUUGCAGAAGGUCGGACAGAAGCUGAAGGAGCUUUUCGAGCAAAAGAAGGCCAAGCUUUCUCCAGAAUCCCUUCAGUUCUUCGCUGAGGUAAGCCAUAAUUUGUGAGGUCUCCAUCUUGAUAUAAUGGAGUAAAAAGGAGGCUAAAUAUUCUUUCAUCUUCUGAAUAACUCGAAAAAACCUUGUUUUCAGAUCGGUGGAGUCAGCAAGGAGUCGCUCCAGAAGAUCCAGAAGAUCAUCCAAGAAAUCAAACCCGAAGUGAAGGACAACCUCAAGCAGGUCUUCCCCGAAGUGGCCGAUCUCCUCCAGACCCCCGCCGGACAAAAGAUCCUCCCCCUGAUCCAGAACGGCACCAUCCCCGGCGUCGGAACCACCCCUAAACCAUAA